GAGAGCAGAAGCAGCAGCAACAUGGACAGCACUGAGGAGCAGAACCAGGAGCAGAACCAGGAGCAGGGAGUCUCCUCCUCAGCUCCCAGUCAGCAGCAGAAACGUAAAAAGAAAAGUGGAGCAACGCCCCAUUGCUGUAAACUCUGUGGUAAAGCCUUCCAAUCAGCCCAGAGGCUGAAGGCCCACCAGGUUGUUCACAGCGAGGAGAAACCCUACACCUGCACUGACUGUGGCUCCUCAUUCAAACAGCUGAUGGGGCUAAAAAUCCACCAGCGUAUUCACACCGGAGAGAAACCGUACAGCUGUGAUGAGUGUGGAGUUUCAUUCCCAUACCUAAACUCUCUGCAGAGUCACAAGAGGAUCCACACAGGAGAAAAACCUUACAAGUGUGACGAUUGUGGGAAAUCUUUUAGAGUCUCGAGUGCCCUGACCACCCAUAGACGGAUACACACUGGGGAGAAGCCAUACGCCUGUGACCUGUGUGGGAAAAGUUAUUCCAUUUUAUUGGGUCUGCAACAACACCGGCGCAGUCACACCGGAGAGAAACCCUACGCCUGUUCCAAGUGCGACAAAACGUUCAUGGGUAGCCCGGGUCUGAAGAUGCAUAUGUAUAGCCACCUGGAUGUGAAACCGUUCCAAUGUGAGCAGUGUGAUGCAGCCUUUAGUAAUCCAAAGUCUCUGAAACUCCACCAGCGUGAUCACUCUGGGUACCAGUGCGACAAGUGCGGAGCCUUGUUUCCCACGGCGCUGAUCCGAUCCAAUCAUAGACGCAGUCACAAAUGGAUUGAUAGUCUGCAGAGCAGCAGUCAUUUCAUGAAGAUGAAGAUGUCGAUGGCAGCCAUGUUUCCAGUGAAGAGUGAAGCAGCAGCAGCUGGAGCGAGUCGUCCUGCUGGGAUCCUUGAUCAGCGCGGCUCUGCUGGGUCCACUGCUUCCCCUUUGCUCCAGCUGGAGAUUAAACCUGAAGUUAAACUGGAGAAAGACGCCAUUGGAGGACAUCAGUGACGUCAUCUCUUCAUUACAAUGAUGCUGUUUUCAUUUUCAUCAUUAAUGUGUCUUUUGUUCUUCCUCCAUGGAUUAAAUAAAUGUUAAUGCAUUUAAA